GUGUGUGUGUGUGUGUGUGUGUGUGUCUGUGUGUGUGACACACAGCGGGUGCUCCCCGAGCGCCCCACCGCCAGGACCCCACCAUCCUUGGGGGCUCCGGGAGGAGGCCUGGCCCAUGGGCUCCCGAGCGCCCCCGCCACCAGGACCCCAUCACCCUUGGGGCCUCCAGGAGGAGGCCUGGCCCACGGGCUCCCCGAGCGCCCCCGCCACCAGGACCCCACCACCCUUGGGGGCUCCGGGAGGAGGCCUGGCCCACGGACUCCCGAGCGCCCCCGCCACCAGGACCCCACCACCCUUGGGGGCUCCGGGAGGAGGCCUGGCCCACGGGCUCCCCGAGCACCCCCGCCACCAGGACCCCACCACCCUUGGGGCCUCCGGGAGGAGGCCUGGCCCACGGGCUCCCGAGCGCCCCUGCCACCAGGACCCCACCACCCUUGGGGGCUCCGGGAGGAGGCCUGGCCCACGGGCUCCCCGAGCGCCCCCGCCACCAGGACCCCAUCACCCUUGGGGCCUCCGGGAGGAGGCCUGGCCCACGGGCUCCCGAGCGCCCCCACCACCAGGACCCCAUCACCCUUGGGGCCUCCGGGAGGAGGCCUGGCCCACGGGCUCCCCGAGCGCCCCCGCCACCAGGACCCCACCACCCUUGGGGGCUCCGGGAGGGGGCCUGGCCCACAGGCUCCCCGGGUGCACAGCUGUGGACGACUCAAGCCGCAAGGAGGUCCCUGCGGACAAGGGCCUCCGGGCUGCCCCGCCCCCGGCUUGCCACAGAGCCUGGGCACCAGGCCCCUGUCCUACGGCCUCCAGAAAACCUCCCUCCUGGGCCGGCAGGUCUCUGGGGAGCCCUGUGGCUGCUCCCAGAGCAGCUGACAGACGAGGGGCCUCCCCGAGCUGGGUCUGACAGCCGCAGAGGGCGAUAAGGCAGGUGGGGACUUCCCAGGGGGCGGCAGGGAGGAGGCCGGCCUAUCUUAUCAGGCAGGCGGGCUGGGCCCUGGGAGAGGCUGCUGGCCUUGAGCCCCACGUCCCCAGGUCCAGGGGUGACCCGCUCUGGCCCGGACACCGCAGGCCGUUCCUGCCUGGCUGAUCCUCUCUGAGCCCCUCGGCCCUUCCCUUUGUCCCUGGUGACGUGGGAGCCAGCGACCAGGAGGCGUGGGGGUGUCGCGGCUGGGUGGUGCCCGGGCCUUCCUGCCCACCCAGCCGGGCCAUGGCCCCCGCCCUUCUCCUUCCCCCAGACACACUGGACCGACUCAGCCUCCUGGGCGGCUGCCGCCCCUCCCCACGUUCUGACCCCUGACGCCUGGGGCCCACCCUCACUUGCCCCGCUUCUGUCCCCCCUCCCAGGUCCCAGGCCUCCCCCGCGCACCAGCCUGGCACGGGAAGGGGAGAGGCCAAGGAGGCGGCUCCAGGGACCAGUCCCCUCCUUGGCCUCUGGGUUCUGCACACCCAGCCUCAUGAACCCAUCCCGGGCGGGGAGGCACAGGGCCUCGAACCGGGAGAGCGGAGGCUCUGGAUAUCAGAGCCCGCGAGGGGCAGGCCACCCCAUCUCAGGUCCAAGCCCCUUGCCCGCCUGCUUGGAGCUGUGACUGUGGCCGGCCGCCCCGCGGUGGACAAGACCCUCCCCGCAGCA